AGAUUAGAUAACCACAUGCGAUUUAGCGUGGUCGCACGGCUCGGCGGCAUGCGCGGUAGCGGUAAUGCUGCGUCAUCAACGUCAUCUCGGAUCUGUCUGGAACGGACGACGGGAUUGGCUUGCCAUGCGUCGGCUGACCUACCCGCGGGCAACAUCGCUCGAAUCAUACGUCCUUCGAUUGUCCGCAAGAUUCGACCACUUGUUGCAUUUACGGCGUCCGUUGUAGCUCGCGUAUAUACUCAGCCAGAAGUUUCAUCAGCGAUCACCUGUGAACCAUCCGCAAAUAUGAGCACCCCGGUGGCAGACAUCGCCCUUAUUGGGUUAGCCGUCAUGGGACAGAAUCUAAUUCUGAACAUGAAUGAUCAUGGCUUUGUUGUGUGCGCUUAUAACCGCACUGUAGACAAGGUCAAGUCUUUCCUUGAGAAUGAAGCCAAGGGUACAAAAGUUAUCGGCGCUUAUAGCCUGAAGGAGAUGGUCAACACAUUGAAGAGCCCAAGGAGAGUGAUGUUGUUGGUUAAAGCUGGCGCAGCAGUGGAUGCCUUUAUUGAACAAUUGGUGCCUCUUCUCUCUGCUGGAGACAUUAUCAUUGAUGGAGGUAACUCAGAGUAUCAAGACACUGAGAGACGUACCAAGGAUUUGGAGCAGAAAGGAAUUCUCUUUGUUGGCAGUGGAGUAAGCGGAGGAGAGGAUGGCGCCAGAUAUGGACCAUCUUUGAUGCCUGGUGGCAAUCCCAAAGCGUGGCCACAUAUCAAACCUAUUUUCCAAGCAAUAUGCGCGAAAGCUAAUGGAGAGCCAUGUUGCGACUGGGUAGGCGAGACCGGAGCGGGACACUUCGUCAAGAUGGUGCACAACGGUAUCGAGUACGGCGACAUGCAAAUCAUCUGCGAGGCGUAUCACUUGAUGCGAAACGGCCUACAGCUUACACAGGAAGAGAUGAGCGCGGUGUUUAACGAAUGGAAUAAGGGCGAAUUGGACUCGUUCCUGAUCGAGAUCACGCGCGACAUCCUCAAAUAUAAGGACGAAAAGGGUUAUCUGCUCGAGCGCAUCAGGGACACCGCUGGCCAAAAAGGCACCGGCAAGUGGACGGCGAUCUCCGCGCUGGAUUACGGCGUUCCGGUCACGUUGAUCGGUGAAUCGGUCUUCUCCAGAUGUCUGUCCGCGCUGAAGAAUGAACGCGUGGAAGCGAGCACGGUGUUGUCAGGCCCAGAUCCUGUGUACGAAGGCGAUAAGAAACAGUUUCUUGAGCACUUGAGAAAAGCCUUGUACGCAGCGAAAAUCAUCUCGUACGCGCAAGGUUUCAUGCUGCUAAGAGAGGCCGCCAAGGUUCACAAUUGGAAUUUAAAUUAUGGUGGAAUAGCAUUGAUGUGGCGCGGCGGAUGUAUCAUAAGAAGUGCAUUCCUGGGAAAUAUAAAAUCGGCAUACGAUAAUAAUCCGAAAUUAACCAAUUUGUUGUUGGACGACUUUUUCGCCAAGGCUAUGAACGUGUGUCAUCGGAGUGCCAGAAUAGUAGUAAGCGCCGCUGUGACGAUAGGGAUACCGACUCCUGCCCUAUCGACGGCUUUAGCCUUCUACGAUGGAUUCAGAACUGCGCGAUUACCGGCGAAUCUACUGCAGGCCCAGAGAGACUACUUCGGCGCUCACACAUACGAAUUGCUUGGUCAAGAAGGGAAGUUUGUUCACACAAACUGGACCGGACACGGUGGGAAAGUAUCCGCUUCUACGUACGAUGCGUAAACUUGUAAAAUAUCGCGGUACUAUUACAAUAACAAUGUACAAAGGAAUACACCAAAAAAUGUGACAAUAUGAUAAAUACACCCAAUUAAUGAUAAAUUAUAAUUAAUUUAAACAUACGUGAUAGAAUUACGUAGCUGUGACGGAGAAAGUCUUGACAUGGGUAAUUUUAUAAUUGAGAGAAAUUAUGUGUACAUAUAACAACAUAUUGCUAAUAGAAAGUAUUAUAUUUUCUCUAUCCUCUUGACAAAUAUAUUUUCCUAUUUAAAAAAG